AUCUCCAUAUCCAAAUCCCAAUUUCCAGCAUCAAAAUGGCGAAUUCCACCACGAAAACAAGCUUCAUCGCCAUUAUCCUAGCGGGAGUUGUGGCCGGAAUGGCUAUGGCUCAAUGUGGCAACACUUGUUCGCCGGACCAGUGUUGCAGUCGGUUCGGGUUUUGCGGGACGGGUUCGGAUUACUGUGGAGUGAAUUGCCGAGGUGGUCCUUGUGUUAACAACGGCGUGUCGAUCGCCGAUAUCGUUACGCCGGAGUUCUUCAACGGGAUCUUGAGUCAGGCGGCUUCGACUUGCGUGGGAAGAAACUUCUACUCGAGAGGCGUCUUCCUCGAUGCUCUCGGUUCUUUCACUCAGUUCGCAAGGACCGGGUCCGUCGAGGAUUCCAGGCGCGAAAUUGCGGCUUUCUUCGCUCAUGCUAGCCAUGAAACUGGACGUUUCUGCCACAUAGAAGAGGAGGGUGGAGCCUCACAGGACUACUGCGACGAGAGAAGAACUGAGUAUCCAUGCAACCCUAGCAAAGGUUACUAUGGACGUGGACCACUGCAACUAACCUGGAACUAUAACUACGGACAAGCCGGUUCCGACAUCGGAUUCGACGGCUUAGGCACACCGGAAACUGUCGCCAACGACCCUCUUAUAUCGUUCAAGGCCGCCAUCUGGUAUUGGAUGAACAAUGUGGCAUCGGUGAUGAACCAAGGGUUCGGGGCGACUAUUCGAGCCAUUAACGGUGACCUCGAAUGUGACGGUAAAGAUACCGCUAAAGUCGAGUCUCGGGUAAACUUAUUCACCCAGUAUUGUAGCCAACUUGGUGUCGCUUCCGGUGAUAAUCUCAGGUGCUAGAGUUUUAAUUGUUUUAUGUACUUAAAUAUGCAGCUUUAAUUUUCAUGCAAUAACGGUUUAGAAAUGCUACUAUCAUUUUCUUGCUACGAGGGAAAAUGAGAUCGAUUUGAAUUUUGAUGUUGUUUCUUAAAGGAGAAUAAAUGCAAUAGCAAUGAAA